AUGUUUUGGGACUUUCACAACAACAAUCAAGAAGGCGCUCACUGUCUGAUGCAACUGUUUGGACCUCGCGGUUUGCCACAGUCCCUCAGGAAUAUAAGUGGCUUUGGAAACCAUACGUUCAAAUUCGGUAAACCUGAAGAUGGAUCUUUCAAGUUCGUUAAGCUUCACUUCAAGCCUGACGAUGGUAUCAAGAAUCUUUCACAAGAAGAUGCCGUGCGUCUUGCAGGCGAAGAGCCUGAUUAUCAUGUCAUGGAUCCCAAAGAGGCAGAGACUUACAAGUGGAACAUCUUCGACAUCACCAAGAUCUGGCCUCACAAGGAUUACCCACUUAUCCCUGUCGGAAAGCUUGUGUUGAACAAGAACCCAGACAACCACUUCCAUGAUAUCGAAAAAGCAGCCUUCUCGCCUUCGACGCUUAUCCCGGGUAUUGCUCCCGCGGCUGAUAUCAUGCUGCAUGCGAGAAUGCUUUUGCAGAGUCCAAGCCUACUCCUCCGACGUCGAAGACGAAGACUGAGAGCAGCCUCGUAA